AUGUCUGCGUCGAACGGGAGCAGCUGGCACACCGCCAAUGGAGCCGCUUUACCCUUCCGCCCACCAACGGUUGAGGAGGCCCUCCCAUAUUCGCCCUUCAGCUCCAUAGUCCCUUUCUCGUCGGAUAUCAUUCCCUUCCCCUCCGCCAAACCACCCACGCCUCCAACGACCUUAACACCGGAGCAGCAGGACGCCGCGAAGAAAGCUGUGGGAAUACUGGAUGCUGAGAUAAGAGGCCCGCUCCAUAACUCCCAGCAUCUACAACCCACUCUGUUAGAGCUACAGAGUCUGCUGAACCCGGCCGACCUUUCUCAAUUCCGGUUCAAGUCACAGCUUGUAACCCCACCUCCAGACAGUCCUACUUCAAAGUCGGUCACAAAUGGAUCUACAAACCCCAAGAUUCCCGCUCUCAGCUACUUCGCCAACAUGCUUCUGAAGAACACGGAUGUGUCUCACUUGCAUUCUGGAAAUGUGUCUGCUGGUUAUACUCGACCAAACCAAGUUUCCUUAAAGCAAUCAUCUUUUCAGCCUCCAGCGCGCUCAAUCACCAAGCCAGUACCUGUAACCACCGACCAUCCAUCAUACAACCAAACCUCAAGCGUUCAGUUUCAAUCGAGCCCAUCCUCCCCUUCUGCUAGCACUACCUCACAACGAACUACCAACACACCCACGCGACCUGGACCAGCUGUGAUCAUUUCAAAGCAACCCUCCGCUCAGCGAGAAGAAUACCAACGGUACGAUCAUAUUCAGACCGACGACGGACUGUCCAAGAAGCGAAAACGGGAGGGCAACGAGGCGGACAACGAGGCGCUGUCGAUGCGGUCCCAGCAGCGGGAGAUUGCCGACCAGAAGACCAACGAACUUCUGGCUUUGAUCGCAACGAUAUCCGAGGCGAAAGAAUUCGGGGACGAGUCAGGCAUGUUCGCAACUAUCACCACCGACGAGUCAGAAUUCUCCGUGCUCGAAAGCGACACAUUAAAGCGGCUUUCCACCGCAGUCAUGAACGUCAUUCGCUCCGGAACAUUCCCCAAUCUUCCGAGGGAGGAGAUUUUGCGGAUUCAAGCCCUUAUCGAGCCAUCAAUUGCGGCGACAAGUCGGCUCUCAACUGACCCAACAGAGGGUGAGACCCAGGACUGGCUCUCUUCUCUUGAAAAGGCAAAUUCUGGACUUAGAGCAUGCCGGCUAGUCUUAGAGACCAUGACCAAAGGAGGCGAUGAGCAGCGUAUAUGUUCUGAGGACCUUGUACGAAUCAUCAUUGCUGCAUUGAAACAUAUCCUGGAUUCGUGCCUCAUUCCCAUCGUUGAAUCUCGUCGCCAAGGUUCUUCCUCGGAGCUUUUCGAUCUGGCCUCGCAAGCCAAAAACGCUAUUAAUCCAUCCCUGACGCUUUGUGGAACCGUGCUUGGUCUUCUGGCAAAAUUAAUUGGUAAAGUCACCUUAACCGAGACUGCUCUGACUCCGAUCGAAUAUGUUUCUACCGGUAUCAUAUUCGUACAAAACGGCGAAAAUGAGAAGGAAUCGGCCCUUGGAAUUCAGAAGUUCGAGCUGUUCCGCUCCAAAGCCAUGGACGUCCUAGCACAGAUAUUUGCUUGUCAUCUAGAUCAGAGAAGUUUCAUAUUAAAUGAAAUUCUCAGUAAUCUGGAGAAACUGCCCGAGAAACGGGGAAGCGCUAGACAGUUCAAAUUAGCCCACGGAGUGCCAAUCAUGCUGGUUUCUGCUCUUUUCAUGCGCAUCGUCCAGGCCGCGGCAAGUAAGACAACACAGGAGAAGAGAACCAACAUCCAAGCCAAAGCAGCCGGUAUAAGCGAAGAGGAAGAAGAGGAUAGCGACUAUGGAAAGGAUAAUCAUUCUCCUACGAGGAAACCCAAACCUACUCGUGACAGCCAAAGGGUACGAGGAAGGCUCUCACAGCAUCUUGUUGAAGACUCAAAAUCAGUUGCGACCAAAAUCGCUACCUUUCUUGUAGAUCGAGCGAUUAGUGUAUCAAAAUCUGGCGACAAACCAUUCCGCACGCUUCUCGAUCUUUUCAUUGAGGACUUCUGCAAUGUGCUCGGGUCCCCUGAAUGGCCUGCCGCAGUGGUCAUUCUUAGACAGCUCUGUGCCAGGAUGUACGUGGUGAUACCCGGGAACAAGGAAUCUAGCGUUAAUGACAAGUUCAUGGCUCUUACCGAUGUGGGCAUCAUGGCUUGUGGAAUUACGGAAUUUCGGAGUCGCAUGAAGCACCAUAGACGGACCCUUGACGUUUCUCAAUCCGAGAUUUCCGAUGAAUUAGUACGACUCGCCGAUGAUGUUUUUAGCAACGGCAUCAACAAUAAGGACCUGCUCGCCUUCGACGGGCCGCAUCGUAUUGUUUUAGAAUCCCUUCAAGACUAUAUGAAGGUAGGGAGCCGUGAGGACCCACACUUUCAAGCGGUCAAUGGGUGCCACAUAACGUAUUGGGAUCACGCCUUUUGUAACGCCUUCCUACCCACGGAAGGCGAGACUGAGCCUUUACCCCGGACAAUCGAGCUCCUAGGCCGCAACUUGAACAAAAUGGUCCAUAAUCCGGAAUGGUUGCACGAUGAAUUCGAGUCACAAGGCCCUCCAAUCUCAGACUCUCAAAGUCAGCUUGCCGCUGGAAUAAUUACCAUGCAAGAUCCAUUUUGUCAAGUGUUUCCGAGAUUAGUCAAACACUUGAUUGACAAUGCAUCCUCAAACCCAUCACCGAAACUUAAAUCGCGAGCGAUGACAAGCCUCUCACAGUUGAUUGAAAAGGAUCCAAAGACCCUUGACGAGCAAACAUUUAAUGCACUCAAUACAUUAGUGAGCGACAGCUCUCCUAUGGUGCGAGAGAAUGUCCUCGCGAUGAUAUCCAAGUGUUUAGAACAUAACCCAUCCCUAGAGCGCCUUUGCUUAAAAUCAGUUCUCCAACUCGUGGACGAUCCGGCUACCGGUCCAAAAAAGAGAGCGAUUAAAAUUCUCAAAGACAUGUAUCUUGGCUCCGUUCCGAACGAAAGGAAGCUCGACAUAGCCUGCCAUCUCCUCGUACCAGUUCUCGACGAUGACAAAGGCGUUUCCGACUUGACUCACCAAACUCUUGAGGAUAUCUGGCUUGCCCCCCCCAAUGCAGCUGCUAGGGUAGACGAGAACCAGUUGAGACUAGACCGCCGGAAUCGAGUCUCAAUGCUUGUGCAAAUCGUUCAAAAAGUUGAAGAGAUCCCCAACAAACUGGAAGCUUUUGAAUCAUUCUUCUCCAGUGCUGUAUCAAACAAAGCGAAGAAUCCGACAGCAAACUUCACUAUCUGCAGGGAGCUGGUUGCGGACAUGGUAGAAGGUGUGAUUGGCACGGACCUUGUGGCAGGGGAGAAUUCCCAGGCUCGAAUUCUCAAUACACUGAGCAUAUUUGCCAAAGUGAGCCCAAGACUGUUCACUUCGGCUCAAGUACAGCUUUUAAAGCCGUAUGUCAAAGACCUUGCCACCACCGAUGAUCUGAAAGACUUCCGGCCAACAUUGGUCAUUUUUCGUCACGUCUUCCCCGCACUCCCAUCCUUGCAGGAGAGUUUCCUGGAGGAGGUCCGCAGUUCGCUUCUCCCUUGCACAGGCAAACUGGCCAAUUGGGCGGCCCAGCACUCCGCUUACAAAUCAACACUUCUGGAUGUUGCUCAUUGUUUAUGGACUGUUAGUCCUUUAGUUACGAAUGGCGUCGACAAGCUGCUUGGUCUCAUCUGUUCGGCCAUGGCCCAGAGCCAACUGCUCCGGUCCAGCACGAAGAACCAAGCGUUGACAGCGAAAGACAAACUCAAGAUCAUCACAUACCUCCUCAUCAUGGGCGUCUUUGGCAGAGUUUGUGAUUUCGACAAACAUAUCGACCUUUUUAGAGGAAAGUUGACAACAGUUUUAAAGAGGGUACCAUCUAAGGAGAAUUCAUCUAAGCUUCUCACAGAAUGGAAGGGGAAUUCUGUCCCGAUCCUUCUUCAAGAAUGUGUCCGGCCGUUCACUAUGCAGCCUUGGGAUAUGAGCGUUCGAGAGCAUGCUUUGGGCAGCCUUGGAGAAAUCUGCCAAAACUCCCCUUCGCUAUUCACUCGUGCUGAUGUUAAGCAAGCUUUCAAACUCGUUUUCCUCAAUGAGAACUAUGAAGACAACACCGAAUUGAGGAGAGUCGUUCUUACCCAGUUUCGGGAAUUCUUUAGCACUGCAGAACGUCGUUCUGAGAGUGGUGCCGAGAUUGCAGUCGGCGAGGGGGCUGUUCGCGGUUCCGACCGAUUAGACUCAUCUUUCGUUGCGAGCGACAACGAUACCGCCCCCCUUCACCUUGGACCAGCGUUUCUGUCUGACAUUGUGGCCAUCGCUCUUGGAAAUCCCAACGAUCUCGCCUUGAUAGCGACCGAUAUCAUCAUCAGUAUAAGUCGGCAAGGCAUUGUGCACCCGAAGGAAUGUGGACCAGCCCUUGUCGCCCUGAGUUCAUCCUCAAAUCUUCAACUCGCCAGCAAGGCGACCGCGGAACACCAAAGUAUCCAUCUUAAAAAUGAAAGGAUGUUUGAGAAAGAAUACAUGGCUGCUGUUGCUCUCGCUUUCAAAUAUCAGCGAGAUGUAGCCAACGAUCCCCAUGGCGCAAGAGACAAGACAUUCAAGCCGAAGCUCCAGCGUAUGAACGAAGUUCUGAAGAGUGGCACUCCAAAAAUAUACAAGAAAUUCCUCAUGAAUAUGUGCAAGAAGAUGGACUUCGAUCUAUCGAAGCUGGACACCUCGAAUCCAAAACACCAGGCAAUAGUAUCAGACCAAAUUAUCGACAGCGUCGCAGAAGGUGGCUCCCAUAUGCAUAUUCCCGACGUUCUACUAUUCGCUCGCUUUUGCUUGGAAAACUUGGGUUUCUUCGACUAUGCUCAUAUUGAUGAGGUCCAGGUUCUCAUUCUCACCAUCCACGAUAUUGUGCUCAAGCAUACUGGGCCAAGCGUUGCCCUUGCUAUUGAGAAUGAGAUCUCUAAACCGCACCUAGAACUUGAACAACCACCCGUAGGUCUCGACAUCAAUGGAGAAGGUUCUUCAACCUACCAAGCACCGCAGAAUCCCACCGCAAGCCCUAUACCCGAAGCCCGACUUCGACAAAUCACUGUAGCAAGCAUGAUCCUUCAGAUGAUGUGGGACACACGCGCUUUCCUUCGCAAACAAUGGAACAUGCUUGGCAAGAUCACGAUCACGACUAAGGACGCGAACAAAUCUGCUGUCAAGAACAAUCUCAUCUCUGGCAAAGAGCUCUGGGAAAAAUUCGAGAACGUUAUGUCUGCACUUGAGAAUACAGAAAGCAUGACAAGGCAGUGUCUCGCAUUCGGACGCUUGAUCGAAGUUGACUUAGAGGCUAAAGUCGGAGAUGAAGACCUAGACGCGAGCGAACAACUUGCCAGGGCCGCUGCAGGUUAUGAGACCCCUGAUGAUAACGGUGCUGAGGAUGAUGCACCACCGACGAGUGGACGGGGCAGGAAGAGGAAGUCGGAAUCGAGGUCAUCGAAUACCCCAAAGAAGCCUAGGGGCCGGCUGACUGGCAGUAAAGUCAAAAAAACGAAUUCGAGGACUCCAGAGGGAGAUGAUGACUGGGACUGAGGAGCACGCCUUACAAAAACUGUAUUCUACGAACUUGGAAGUGGAUUUGGAAUAGUGCGUAUUUGGGCUCACAAAGACGUCGCACUCACCUUCUCUCUACGCUCGCGUAGUGUAGUGGUCAGCAACGCGGACAAGGGUUUGAGAGGUUUGGCGUCUUGCAUUUUUAUUACCUGCAUGGGCGAAUAGGCAUAUUUUCUUUAAAAGUGGCGGCGUUGGUGGUCUCCUGGGAGAUACCCUCUAACACUACAUCGUCAUAAGGGGUGUGCACAGG